AUGGCGCCGGAUACGAGUAGAAUCGUCGAAUCGUCCACAAAGCCUCGUAGUGGUGCAAAAACCCCGAGUAGCCAGCAAAGGGCAGCCGGAUGGUUGCUGGUAGCGCUGGUCGUCCUAGCACAGCUUGCACCGGAAGUGGCCGGUUGUGGACCGGGCCGUGGUAUCGGAGGACCUCGCCGGACGCGCAAAUUGCUGCCACUCGUGUUCAAGCAGCACGUGCCGAAUGUGAGCGAAAAUUCGCUAUCCGCGUCCGGCAUGCAGGAGGGUGCGAUCUCGCGCAAUGACAGCAAAUUCCGCAGCCUCGAGACGAACUACAACAAGGACAUCAUCUUCAAGGACGAAGAAGGCACGGGCGCGGAUCGUGUGAUGACGCAGCGCUGCAAAGAGAAGCUCAACAUACUGGCCGUAUCGGUGAUGAACCAGUGGCCCGGUCUGCGGCUGCUAGUGACCGAGGGCUGGGACGAGGAUCACAUGCACGCGCCCGAGUCGCUCCAUUACGAAGGGCGCGCCGUCGACAUCAUGACGUCGGACAAGGAUCGCUCGAAGAUCGGCAUGCUGGCCCGGCUCGCGGUCGAGGCCGGCUUCGACUGGGUGUUCUACGAGAGCCGCAACCACAUCCACUGUUCAGUCAAGUCAGAUUCGUCGCAAUCGAACCACGCGAGCGGAUGCUUCACCGGAGAUAGCACCGUAUUGACGGCUUCCGGUGCGCACCGGAAGCUGAGCGAGCUGCGUAUCGGUGAGCGUGUCCAGGCCGUGGACGCAUCGGGUCAACCCGUCUUCAGUGAGGUCCUUGCCUUCCUUGAUCGGGACACAGUGCAGCGGCGUGAGUUCGUCACGAUUGAGGCCACCGAUGGUGUUCUGCUCACAGUGACACCGGCACAUCUCGUGAUGGUGUGGCGACGUGAACUCGCCGAAACGCGGUACGUGUUUGCGGAUCGCGUGCGCGAAGGUGACCACGUGCUUGUGCACGUGGAUGGAGUGCUCGAGCCACGUGUUGUCCGUCGGAUAGGGGCCACAUUGGCCGAAGGUGUGUAUGCGCCACUCACUCUCGAAGGCACCAUUGUGGUUGAUUCAGUGGCGGCUUCAUGCUACGCGCUCGUGGACAGUCAGAUGGUGGCGCAUGUCAGCUUCCUGCCGUACCGAGCUGCCCGGAAGUUGGGAGCGCUGUUUACGGGGGCGGACACCGGUUUGAGCCUGCCACGUCACGACGGCAUCCACUGGUAUGCGAGGGCGCUGUACGCCGCUAAGGACUUCCUGCUGCCAGCCGGUUGGCUCUACCAUUGA